AUGGCAGAAAAGGAAGGAGGGAUCGUUAAGAAGGGGAACGAGGAAGGGAUGAAGAUGGCAGCGUCGCUUCUGGAGGAGUACGAGCUGCCGGCGGGGCUGCUGCCACUGAGAGAAGUGGUGGAAGUAGGGUUUGUGAAGGGGACUGGGUACAUGUGGAUAGUGCAGAAGAAGAAGGUGGAACAUGAAUUCAAGAUGAUAAGCAAGCUGGUGAGCUACGACUCAGAGAUCACAGGGUACGUUUCCAAGAAGAAGAUAAAGAAGCUGAAAGGAGUGAAGGCCAAGGAGCUGAUGUUGUGGCCGCCGGUGAGCGAGAUCACUGUGGAUGACCUCCCCGCCAGGAAGAUCCACUUCAAGAGCCUUGCUGGUAUCACCAAGACCUUCCCUGUGGAGGCCUUCGCCGCUGGCCAGUGA